UAAUCCAUCCCUCCAUUCAUCUAUCUGUCCAUUUGUUUAUCCAUACAUUGGUCUAUCCACCAUCUAUCCAUCCAUAUGUACAUACAUCAUCUACCCUCCACCCAUCCAUACAUUAUCUACCCACCCAUACAUACAUACAGACAUACACACAUCAUUCCAACCACCCACCCACCCACGCAUCCAUCCGUCCAUCCAUUCAUCUGUCCAUCCAUCCAUGUGUCUACACAUCUGCUCAUCCAUUCAUCCAUCCAUCCACUCAUUCCUAAGCCACUGCUGAGCACCUGUUGUAUGCCUUUUCCCUCCCUCCAACUGGUUCCCUCACAUCUUCCCCCAGUGGCCAGCAUCUUCUCCCUGAGGGCAGAGGCGUGGCCCCUCACAGUGCCUAGCACCUGCUGGUAUACAGCUCAUGCUCAAAGAAUGUGACCACUCAGUUAACACACAGAAGAACGUGCUCCAAGCGACAUGUGGCACAUCUCCUUACAAAAUGAAUCUAUCAUAGUGGCUGUUUUCAGAGGCGUUCCCAAACACAGUGUGAUCUGGAUCAAAUUGUGAAGCCCACGAGCCUGGUGAAACUUUCAUUAUUGAGCACCUGCUGUAUACCUCCUUGAGCUGAGGAGAAGGAUCAAGAGCUCAUGGCCAAGAGGGGACCAGGCCCACCCACAAACACUGUUGAUGUGCGGCCCUGAGCUGCGACAGGGAUGUGGCAACGCAGAAAGGAACCAGGUGGCACAGAAUGUGGUCCUGUACACAGGCGACUCCAAUCUGGGGCUGGAGCUGUUUGAGGCAGCUGGAGACAUCUUCUUCAACGAGGCCUGGGAGCAGGAGAAAGCCAUGUCCUUCUACCGGGACCAGGCCCUGCCCCUGGAAGUGACUAUGGGCAACCGCAAGGUGGAGCCGCAGCUGCAGCUGUGCAACAAGCUGGUGGCACUGCUGGCCAUGCUGGAGGAGCCCCAGGAGGGCUUGGAGGUUGCCCACAUUGCCCUAGCACUCAGCAUCACUCUGGGGGACUGGCUGAAUGAGCCCGUGGCCUACCACCGGCUGGCCGCCCUGCACCACCUGCUGGGCCAUGGCAAGCUGGCGGAGCACUUCUACCUCAAGGCCCUGUAGCUCUGCAACUCACCGCUGGAGUUUGACAAGGAGACCCUCUACUACGUGAAGGUGUACAUGGUGCUUGGUGACAUCU